GUUCAUGGGCUGAAAAAACGCAGAAGGAAACAACACGCUGGAGUAUUGGUUUAAUGUACGAGCUGUGGAUUAUACUUUUCCAGUUUCACCUCACCUGACGCACAGGGCGAACGCCGGGUCCCAUUUGUCUUUGCGGAUUAAACUCUGUCAGCAGCUGACAGCUUCCCAAGAACAUGCAGGAUCUACAGUUCUGACCAGCAGCGGCUCAACAAGUAGAGCACUGGACAGCUGACAGGGGUUGUGGUCAAACUCCCUGACUGCGUUUGUGUGUGCAGCUGCAGUCUGGAUGUAAGAUUGGGUCAGCGCUUGAGUCGGUUACCCUGCUUCAGUGUGCGAUGUGUGGGUCCUCUAUCCCGCUGCGUCUGCUGCUCUGGAUCGUAGGAACAGCUGUCUCUACGACGCAAGGUAAGGUUUUAGCUCCCGCUAAUCUGACCGCAGAGGCAGGUCGUCCCUUACUGCUCGGCUGCAACAUCACUACGGAGCCAGGUGAUAUGGUCUACCAAGUGCGCUGGCUCAACAAGCACCACAAGCUCAUUCUGGCGUACGAACAGGGGGCGUCGCCCCACAUCAGUCACCAAGACCAAAAUGUGCAGCUCACUGUCUCUCAUCACAACGCUAGCUACAUAACCUUCACGAAAGUGCAGGCUGCUGACAGCGGCUGCUACCACUGCAUCUUUGAUGUUUACCCCAAGGGCACGCAACAAGGCUUGGCGUGCUUCAAUAUCAUCGGAAAAGUGCAUUUCGAUGGCAAUAAGACGGCCAUAAGUGGAAAGCCGACCACCCUUUCAUGCUGGUACAGCCUCCCUGGCAGGGUCCGACAGGUCUUGUGGAGGAAGACAGCCGAGCAGGGUGACACCACCACUGUUGGCUCCGUUGCUGAAGGCAACCAUUACAAAAUAGAGGAACAGUUCAAGGGUCAGGUCAGCCUGAGCCGAACCCUGGGACACACUGAGCUGACGAUAAAGGCUGUCCGAACGGAGGACGAGGCCUGCUACACCUGUGAGUUCCACACGUACCCAGAUGGCACCCGGGCCGCCACGACAUGCCUCUCUGUUUAUGUUUUACCCAAACCAGAGGUGAGCCAGGUGACUUCACCUUCAGGGAUCACUGAGGCCAACUGCACGGCCAAGUCCCGGCCUGCAGCGGAGAUCAUGUGGAACGUCGGCAGUGACAACCGAACCCUAGGCCCACCAUUUUCGUCGGCCUACGAACAAGGCGACGGUACAACAAUAGUGACGAGCACGCUACUCUUCCAGUCUGGGCUGUUCAGCGACCUGUCCAUCAAGUGCAUCGUGCACCACCCGGGUUUGAAUAAACCCCUGUUGAUGUCCCUCAACACAAACAUGGGUCCAGCCAUGGUUAUCCUCAUCUCUGUGUGCGGUGUGGCAGCGGUCCUCCUCUUGUGCUUGUGUGUGUGUCUCUGCAAGUGCUUCAUCUGUACGGAUGACUGAUUUGGAGUCUGCCCUCACCGCUGCUUUGAUGAAGGUCCAGUGAAGCUCUGAGCCUGACCUAGCUGCUCAGCACCGUGCCCUUCAAUUCAGUAUUCAGAGGAAGGAGGAAGGGAACAGAGCUGAGCCAACACUGGGCUGAGCUGGGAGGGUACUGCUAGUGUGGACACCAAUUUACUACAAAGUAAACAGAACUAAAACCACAUUAUUUAAUGCUAGUUAUUAUACUUACGGUAGAGCACUGGAGAUGUUUGUUGAUGAAACCCUUUUAUAUAAAAGAUAGCAAGGCUGAGAGAUGCAGAAGUAGAUGUGGCAAAAUGGAGCUCCAGUGGUGAGAUUAAACAGUGCUUCCUCUCUUAAGAAGUCGUUGUAGUGUCUGUACAUAUGUGUGUUUGUAUGUGUGUUUUAGUUAUUCUCUGAUGUCAGAAAAUGGUGUGAUGAGUUAUAUAUUUUUUCAACUUUCAGUAGCUAUAUGAUUGCAUGAAGUGUCAUGUAAAUUUACAGUUGUGGUCAGAAGUUUACAAACACUCAUCUAGGGUAUGAAUGUCAUGGUUAUUUGAGGAUUAUAAUGAUUUCUUUGAACUUUACUUUUUCCAGGGUGGAAUGAUUGUGCAAUAUAAAUCUUUAAUUACGUUAAAAAACAAGACUUGAGUGAACAAGUUUGAUCUGAUUUUGGAUUUUCUUUAAUCCACACAGGGUCCAAAUUACACAUAAAGCUUGAAACACCACACUAACAUUUGGUUAAGUGUCCUUUAGCAAGUUGCACUUUAGCCAGAUGUACUUGGUAGUCAUCAAGAAGCAAAAACCGCUCUUGUUGCCAACAUUUGUAGACUUCAUUUAAGUUGGUUGGUUAGCUGACACAGACCUGGCUUUAAAGUGUUGUUCACAAAUUUUCAGUAUGGCUGAGGUUUAAGAAGACCAUUCCAACAGCUUCUUGUCAGCCCGUUUAUACCUUCCAAAACCAGUUUUGAUGUGUGUUUCAUUGUCCUGUUGGAACACUCAGUUGUGUUGUCAGUCAACUAAAUGUUGAUUUGAGGUGAAGUUGCAGAAUUUGGAGGUAGUGAUUCUCAUUCAUUAUUACAUUUACUCUGUGGAAUGCCCCCAGUACCACUGGCUGCAAAACAGUCUCCAUGCCUUGUGUCAUUGUGGCUAGACAGCUCAAUCUUUGUCUCAUCUGACCAUGAAACUCUUCUCCAGAAGGCAUUUGUUCCAUGCGGGCUGCUACAAAUUUUAGUCGAGCUUGAAGGUGUCAGUUUUGGAGCAGAGUUGGCAUCUUAGUCCAUGGUAAUGUAAAACUGGCCUCACUGUGGACAGUGUUGCUGGUGUUCCAGUAGUUUCCAGCUCAUGGCACGCUUGAGCCUUGAUGUUCCUGAACAUCCUAAGCAAAUUCCUCAAAUCUGAUGGUGACACUUUUGGUCUUUUUCCAGAUCUUGGCAAAGUGGUGAUGCAUCUGAAUACCUUGUACUUACUUGUUUGAACAGUCUGCAGUUGUUUAAAAACGGCUUCAAGAGACCUUCCCAACUUGUAGAUAUCUACAAUUCUCCUACUUAGAACUUCUCAAUUUUUACAAUAUUGGUAAAUCCAAUGAGUGCUGAAAAAACAAAUCCUUUUUUUGCUAGCAAUUGAAAUUACCAGUUGUAGUCAAUUAUGAUGACUAGUGAGACGUUAACAGGCUUUGCUCUUGUCAAGUUAAAGACAAUGUAAAACCUUUAGCGCCACUUAUUCAAAGAUUUAAAUAAGGAAAUGUAUGUAUAUGAGUCUGUAUGCAUGUUUGAGCCUGUGUGGAUUAGAGAAAAUCCAAAAUAAGUUCAAACUUAUGGAAUCCUGUACAAUCAUUCUACCCUGGAAAAAGAACAGUUCAAAGAAAUCAUUGGAAGCCCAAAAUUACUAUGACAUUCAUGUCC